GGGUACAUUCUCCGAGUUCAGACAGAUUAAGCUUUGCUGUGAUCUUGUGACUGAAAUAUUCAGCCUGUUCAGGACAACAUUUCAGCUACGGCUUACAAGUGCAACAUGAAGAAACUCAUCUCUGUCAUAAUACUCGCGCUUCACAUAAAAAGCAGCGUCUUUUCGGACAAUUCAGAAUUCCUGUUCAUCGAAGCUCCAAAACCGGAAGUGUUUGAGUUCAACAACACAAUCUACGCCACAUGUGAAGUCUCUCCCAUCCCAAAUUUACCUGCUGGCCAGCCUGAGAUCUUCGGCCAAGUCCUCUUCAAGCAGGUUUUCCCCAACGGGACCGCCGAAGUCAAAAUAAACCUGCGUGGUUUUCCUGAAACCGAUGAUCAAUUGCGUGCCAUCCAUAUUCAUCAAUACGGAGACCUCAGUCAGGGAUGCAUCACCGCCGGGCCGCAUUAUAACCCGCACGACGUCCCACAUCCCAAUCAUCCCGGAGAUAUGGGCAACUUCAUGCCAAAACAAGGACUUAUCCGGCGGUUUCUGAAGCUCCCAGAGGUCAAGCUGUUUGGAGGUCAGUCCGUCCUGGGACGUGCGGUGGUGGUGCAUGAGAAGGAGGAUGAUCUGGGAAUGGGAGCAGAUGAGGAGAGUAAACGUAGUGGGAACGCCGGGAGGAGAAUCGCUGGAUGUGUUAUUGGCAUUACUAAGCCUCAUCUGUGGCAGAAAACUGAACAUGUGGAGGAGGAAGAGAGUAAAAGAUGAGUGUGGAGAUGCAUUGUGGAUCAUCAUGUUUAGAUUUAGUAUUGAAAGAGGAUGACUACUCUUUUAAGCUGACCUGAUAUAGAAAAAUCACUUUUAUAAGGGGUUUAAACAAACACAAUUGUGCAGUAACAGUGUGUGGAUUUAAAUGGAUAUACAUUUAAAUGGACAGUUCAGUUCAAAAAUAAAGGUUCUGCCAUCAUUUACUUGUUUUAAACCUUAUUGAGCUUCUGUUGAACACUAAAAGAGAUAUUUUAAAAAAAUGUUAGAAACCUGUAACCAUUGAGCUCCAUAGUAUUUGUUUCUUUUCAUAUGGAAGUCAAUGGUUACAGGUUUUAGUAAUCAUUUACUUGUUUCAAACCAUAAUGAGCUUCUUCUUUCUUCUGUUGAACACCAAUGAAGAUAUUUAGAAAAAUGCUAGAAACCUGUAACCAUCGACUCCCAUAGUAUUUGUUUUCCCUACCAUGGAAGUCAAUGGUUACAGGUUUCUGUCAUCAUUUACUUGUAUCAAACCGUAACCAGCUUCUUUCUUCAGUUGAAAACCAAUAUGGAUAUUUUGAAAAAUGUUAGAAAGUCAAUGGUUCAACAUUCUUCAAAACACCUUCGUUUUAUGUUCAACAGAAAAAAGAAACUCAGGAACUACUUUAGGGAGAGUAAAUAGCGAGUAAACUUUAAUUUUUGGCCGAACUGUUCCUUUAAGAACACAUUAAUCGGAUUCUGGACCACAAAACAAUAACUUCAGUGCAUUUCAGGGUCAGAACAUUCUUCAAAGCAUCUUUUGUGUUUGGAAGAAACUCAGCAACCAAUUUAAGGAGAGUAAAUAGCGAGUAUAUAGUAAUUUUUUUGGCUGAACUGUCCCUUUAAGAAUAUAUAAAUCAAGUUCUAAUUCCCAAAACAACGACUUUAAUUCAUUUCAGGGUCAGAACAUUCUUCAAAGCAUCUUCUUUUGUGUUCAACAUAAGGAAGAAACUCAGGAACCACUUUAAGAAGAGUGAAUAGUGAGUAUAUAGUCAUUUUUUUGGCUGAACUGUCCCUUUAAGAAUAUAUAAAUCAAGUUCUAAUUCCCAAAACAACGACUUUAAUUCAUUUCAGGGUCAGAACAUUCUCCAAAACAUCUUCUUUUGUGUUCAACAGAAUAAAGAAAUUCGAGAACCACUUUUACGGACAGUAAUUAGUGAGUAAAUUUUAAUAUCUGGCUGAACUGUCCCUUUAAGAAUAUAUUAAUCAGAUUCUGUAUCAAAAAACAAUGACUUCAGUUCAUUUCAGUGUCAGACAGCAGCCAAACCAAGUGACAAGACUUCCACUCGCCAGUAAAUAUCGUGAAAUACAUCAAGAAGCCUCAUCUGUGGCAGAAAACUGAACAUGUGGAGGAGGAAGAGACUAAAAGAUGAGUGUGGAGAUGCAUUGUGGAUCAUCAUGUUUAGAUUUAGUAUUGAAAGAGGAUGAUUUACUCUUUUAAGCUGACCUAUUAUAGAAAAAUCACUUUUAUAAGGGGUUUAAACACAGUUGUGCAGUAACAGUGUGUGGAUAUAGUGUGUACAUAUAUAAUCUGCACGAUCACUUUGAUUCUCUCUUUCUACAUAUCAUCAAAGGGGAAAGACCCGCCCACUAGUGACUAUCUCUCCCUCAUUAGCAUAGGACGUUAGUCUUGUUUUUGAAUCUGCCACUAUGCUGACACAGGCAUUCGUAGCUCUCAUUUGAAUUUAAAGCGACAGUCACCAAAACGCCUCAAUUUGGAGCUCAAAACUAAAAUGGCACAGUUUUAAAGAGUUAUAAAGCAUUAUUUGUGUGGUAUUUUGAGCUGAAACUUCAUAUACACACUCUGGAGACAUCAGAGACUUAUUUUACAUGUUGUAAAAAGGGUCAUAAUAGGUCUCCUUUAAAGGAAGAGUUCACCCAAUGGACCCUUUCCACAAGCCUGUUAUAGAUCAUAAUCUUAAAUCCUUGAAAGUUUUUAAUAUUUAGAUUUUUUAACACUUGGGUUUGUCCAUAACUUACUCAAUUUGGGUUGAAAUAACCCAACAUUUUUUUACCCAACUGUAAAUUUAAAUGGAGAGUUCACCCAAAAAUAAAGGUUCUGCCAUCA